AUGCAUGCCAACAUGCAGAAAGGAAAUGGACCGACGGUGGUAAACCCCCACUGCGGCUGGCAAACGGAGCCUUAUUCUCCUAUAAAUGCUCUUACCCGCAGUCAUUGUAAGAUGUCAAGCUGUACGUUAGACCCUAUCUGCGCGGCCUACGACUUCUUCCUGGCAAACCCGCGACAAUGGCCAAAGAACUUAGUAGAGAUGAGUACACAGCGACUUUUCGAGGGUUCAUCGACAGUCUCACCUUCCUCAAGACGCCCAGCCAGCCCAGCGAGUCCUACACCGCAAUUGAGUGAUCAACGGUUCCCCGACUCGUCACAAUCGGCCUUAUUCACGAGGCCGCUUGGCCGUUUUCUAGUGGACCAAAACAGUGACGAGAGAUGCUUUGGCCCGACCUCUCUCGAAUCACUAAUGCUCAACAUCAAGGAUGAGCUCGUUCAGAGUCCCGACACCGACAGGCACACCGUGAAGGAAUGUGUGAUGCGAGCACAACGCAAGAUUGAUCUUCUGGUUGGCCAGGGAGAAGAGAUUCCCACUGGGGAAAAGUCACCGCCCGCGAUGCCUCCCUUUGCCAUUUUGGACGCAAUGAUCGAGCCAUACUUUACAACAACCAACGAUCAUUUUCCUAUCUGGUCCAAGAAAAGGUUCACUCAAAUGGCUGCGGCUUUGCGGCAAUCCGCGCCAUCCGAACGGGACCUUGCUUCUAUCGUCUGCUGCAACAAUCUCAUCCUCAUGGCCAUGUCAGCGGACUCCCUAGGCUCCCACCAGCGCGAGUCAAUGAUGUCCAAGCAGACCCGCAAGGCGUCGUCAAUCGACUUUGACCUCAUUGCGGGCUUUUUGACAAACGCGAAGCGCGCUGUCAGCAAUAUUGACCAACUUGUGUCGCCGCACCUCAUCAAUGUGCAGGCACUGCUAUCUCUGCACAUGGUCGCGCAAGUGUACCUCUCUAUAGGUCUAUCCGAGACGCUGCUAGCUCUAGCAAUCAGAUGUGCAAAGUCCAUCGGCAUCCACCAGUGGCACUCCUUUCAAGGUCAACUGAGUGAGGACGACGUCAAAGAAAGACAAAACCUUUCAUACUGCUUAUACAUGCUUGAUAAGGCCGUUUGCUGGACGGCCGGGUCAUCUCCCAGUAUACCAGUCUCCGAAGUCCAUUUCGACCCACGCCUGGUGCCUUCUGAAAACGGUAUCCCACCCUGUCUCGUUGCAAAGGCCGAGAUGGCUAGGAUAGAGGAGACCGUAUACUUGGAGAUAUACGCGGUCCAUGUGCAGGCGAGAGACGAAGAUCAAGUUCGCGGAUUCGCAGCCACGAUUCUGUCAAAACUUCAAGUCUGUCUCACCGAAUCGGGAGUUGACUUGGACCAGAUACAGAAGUCUUUUGACGGCUCCGCUUCGAAUCUGCAGUUGGCAAUCAGAUAUCUCUCUCACCAUCCCGAUCCCAUGUUUCAACGGGCUCCCGAGGUCGCUCGAAUGUGUUUGAAACUCUUGUUACGCCUGUGGCAUUCCCCACCCGACCAAGGGAGCCAGGCUGUUUUCUCAUUCUUUCUCGCCUCCCUUCCGUCACUAUAUCUUUACGAAGUGCUGUCAUCCAUCCUCUGUGGUGGGGGGUCCAAUCGGGACAUCGACAUGCUUCAAGAAUUCAUUGAGAUGCUCCAGACCAUUACCGACUGCCGCGCAGAAGCCUCAUACAAUCGACGGCUGUACCAGCUGUCACUUAUUGUCAACGACGUGGUAAAGGCCAGGAAGGCUCAGCACAAACGGCAGAAGCCGACCUCGGAAGGACCAACAGAUCCUUACUUGAUGUCAGAGCUACUCUCGCCCCCAACCAGCGGGUACAGCUACAUGAAUUCAGAAGUUCAAGAAACCUAUGACUCACGCUUUGAUGGUGCCGUUUUCCAAGAUGCAGAUGGUUCGUUUGCCCCCAUGGGUCCAAUCACCUCGACAAGCGGCGAGUUGGCUCGAGGCUCAGAUGAGUUUCUGUCGCAGUUGAGGAGCUACGGGAAGUCGGCUCCCGGGAACGAAAACUUCAAUUCUCUGGCCAUGGAAGCCCUGGGGGAGUCUCUUCUCUUUUGGAAGGGCGUCAACCAAGGGGCCAGUGCUGAUAGUCCGUCAGUCAGGUGCGAUUUGGGGAAAGGUUAAACUAUAUAUGAAGAGGAAUUCUUAGAGCGGAAUUUGUAGGCAUGGAAAAGAACUGGCAGCGAAGG